AGUGGACGUCCAGCUUCCCAGUGUGCGAGCUACUAACGAGCGAGUUAAAAAUGGGUGAUGUUGAGAAAGGCAAGAAGAUUUUUGUUCAGAAAUGUGCCCAGUGCCACACUGUGGAAAAGGGAGGCAAGCACAAGACUGGACCAAAUCUCCAUGGUCUGUUCGGGCGGAAGACAGGUCAGGCCGUUGGAUUCUCCCACACAGACGCCAACAAGAACAAAGGCAUCACCUGGGGAGAGGACACGCUGAUGGAGUAUUUGGAGAAUCCCAAGAAAUACAUCCCUGGAACCAAAAUGAUCUUCGCUGGCAUUAAGAAGAAGAAUGAAAGGGCAGACUUGAUAGCUUAUCUAAAAAAAGCUAUGAAUGAGUAAUAACUGGCCACUGCC